AUGCUUGCAAAAACGAUUCAAGUCAGAGGGCUUACGGUAGAUGUGAAGAAGUUGAGGAGUGAGAAACUUGAUGAGAAAUGGAACAAAAUUCUUGAAUCUAGACCUCAUUCCAUCCUCUUCUCUUUUGGAACUAUGUUCAAGUCGAUUUACAUGCCAGAGUCUUAUAAACAAAACUUUGUCAAAGUCAUGAAAUCGUUCCAAAAUGUCACAUUCAUUUGGAAAUACGAGUCGGAGGAAACCAGUUUCUCGCAGGGUGCAGAGAACAUUGUUUUCACCGACUCCCGACUCUCCGCAUUCUUGACUCAUGGCGGUCUUGGAAGUGUGAACGAGUUGAGCUAUUUAGGCAAGCCUGCAAUUCUGUGUCCUUUGUUCGCUGAUCAACUCCGAAAUGCAAAAAUGCUGGCGAGACACAACGGAGCCAUUGAGAUAUCUAAAUUUGACUUGGCGGACUAUAAAACUUAA